AUGACUACAUCAGACGCGAGAUCCCACGACUUUAGUUCACACUGGCCAAAAUUAGAGGAAAGUCGACCCACCCUUAAGCAACCGAGUGCGAAAUUACCAAGAAGGACAUUACACGUAGGGUAUUGCUCGUUCGAUCCUUUUAUGUGUUCGGAAAUGAAGUCGCCACUGGGGAAGCUGAGAAAAUUCGCACUGCACAAGAUCGAUGCCAAGGAAAACUGGGAUCACCAUAUUUCGGCUCAUUUACAUGGGCUUGGUCAAGCUGCUAAGGAUAUGAAAGACAUGAGAACUUGCUACGAUAGUUUACUCUCUGCAGCUGCUGCUACAACAAAUAGUGCUUAUGAGUUUUCUGAGUCACUGUUCGAGAUGGGGAAUUGUCUGCUGGUGAACACUGCUGUAAAUAAUGGUGGAGAAAGUGGCAGAGCAUUAGCAAUGCUGGGAAGGGUUCAGCUUCAACUCCAGAAACUUGCUGAUCACUAUCGGUCUCAUAUUAUCAAGACAAUUACAAACCCAUCAGAGUCUCUACUAAGCGAGCUAAGGAAAGUGGAGGAGAUGAAAUUGCAGUGUGAUGAGAAAAGAGAGAUGUUUGAAUACAUGGUGGGACAAUGUAAAGAAACGGGAAGGUCAAAACAUGGAAAUGGAGAGACUUUUACCUCAAUGCAAUUGCAAACAGUUCGUGAAGAAUAUGAUGAGGCUGCAAGGCUUUGCAUUUUUCGUGUAGAAUCCUUGAAACAAGGACAACGCCAGAGUUUAUUAACACAGGCAGCACGUCACCAUGCAGCACAGUUAAAUUUUUUCCGGAAAGGACUUCAUUCUCUCAAAGCAGUUGAACAACAUAUUAAAAAAGUUGCAGAUAGGCAACAUAUUGAUUAUGAACUGCGUGGGUUGGAUGAUGGUGAAGUUGGUGAAGAAAGGAACAGAUUUGAGGCUAAUGAUGUUGAAGAAUUAAGUUUUGACUAUGGGCAAAAUAAGCAGGAGCUUGACCAUGCUUCAAUUUCAAUGAACUCAAUGGAGAUAAAUAUUGGUAAACACCAAGGGGAGCAAAUUUCGAGUCAGCAACCUCGAGGAGGCAGUCAUUCUGCUCCAAUACUUGCACAGAAAUUUGAUCCUGCUGAAAGAAUCAGAGAAAUGCAGAUAACAGCGCCGAAAAUUAAUACACACGUGCUACCCACUCCAGCUGAUGCAAUGAGUUCAAUAACAAGCAGUUUUUCCCUCCUGUCAAGCACUGCAACCUCUGUUGGGAGCACCAAAAUCAAAGAGAGAGCCAACAACAGACACUCUCUCCCACUGCCCCGUCCUCUGACUGAGGGUGGUACAGCCCCAAAAUCUGACAUACAAAGUGGAUCUAAUGCUCGGGAAAUUGAAAGACACGCUUUCUCCAGUUCAUUAGCAAGUAAAUCAUCAUCAAACAAGCCCAUAUUAUCUACCAGUGGACCCAUUGGCUCUUCUGAACUACCUCAAUCUGUUUCUGGGUUACUUUCUCGUGUGCCUGUUUCCCAGUUGUCGUUAUCUGUAAAUGUAUCCCAUGGUGCUUCCUAUGUAUCUUCUCCUAGAAUAAGUGAGCUUCAUGAGCUCCCUAGGCCCCCUGAUUCUUUAGGCUCCAAGCCUAUGUUUUCUGCUGGUGCUCUUGGGCACUCUGCUCCCCCGGUCAACAGAAAUCGAGAAGCAUCUCCUACAAAUAGGAAUCCUUUGCCGUCAUCAAAAGAAGGAUCUUCACUUCCACUUCCUCAACUAACCGUUCCGCGAAGUUUAUCCAUACCCUCUAGUGGUCAGAGAGCAUUAGCUUUACAUGCGGGCAAGCUAUUGGAAUCUUCCCAAAUUGAGAUCAAGACUGAAAAAGUGGCUUCUCCUCCAUUAACCCCUAUUUCCCUAUGA